CGUUUGCCGGUAAUGAUGUUACCGCGCGUCAUUGCAGAGGGGGCGGCACCUAGAGACUGAGCUUCGCGGAGCACGAGAUAGGCUGAAGCACCAUGCGGCUCUACCUUCUGUUUCUUCUCCUCCUCGUGCAGGGCUGUAGCCUUUCUGUUGGUAAUUUUGAUGACUUUGAUGACACAGAUGACAUUGUAGAAUACGACGACAAUGACUUUGCAGAGUUUGAAGACACAACUGACGAUGCCACCGAGGAGGUCCUGCAAAAAGUCACGACUGUACAAGAUGACGAGGAGGAGGCGACUGUGGAACUGGAGGAGCAGGAUGAUAAUCAGGAUUUUGAGGAUCCAGAUAUAGUUGGAGAAGGAGAUGCAGAAGGAGAGCCGUUUGACGAUGAAGAAUUUGAAGGUUAUGAAGAAGCAGACAGACCUUCCAGCAGAAGCAAAGAUCCAAUUAAAAUUGUUAAUGUUCCCCAUCACCUACAAAACAGCUGGGAGAGCUACUACAUGGAGAUUCUGAUGGUGACAGGCCUUUUGGCUUACAUCAUGAACUACAUCAUAGGUAAAAACAAAAACAGUAGACUGGCUGCUGCGUGGUUCAACUCUCACAAGGAACUACUAGAGGGCAACUUUUCCCUGGUUGGGGAUGAUGGGAUUAAUAAAGAACCUACCAGCACAGGGAAACUGAACCAAGAAAAUGAACACAUCUACAAUCUGUGGUGUUCAGGGAGAGUAUGUUGUGAGGGAAUGCUAAUUCAGCUAAAGUUUUUGAAACGGCAAGAUCUCCUGAAUGUACUUGCAAGAAUGAUGAGACCUGCCAGUGACCAAGUGCAAAUCAAGGUAACUAUGAACGAGGAAGACAUGGACACCUAUGUGUUUGCCAUUGGGUCACGGAAAGCUAUGAUCCGGUUGCAGAAGGAAAUGCAGGAUCUGAGUGAAUUCUGCAGCGAUAAGCCCAAGUCAGGGAUUAAGUUUGGGCUUCCUGAUUCACUCUCCAUCCUGUCUGAAAUGGGUGAAGUCACAGAAGGUAUAUUGGACAAUAGGAUGGUGCACUUCCUAUCAAAUCAUGCUGACAAGAUAGAGUCCAUUCAUUUCUCAGACCAGUUCUCUGGAGUGAAAAUUAUGCAAGAAGAGGGUCAACCCCUCAAGCUGCCUGACACUAAAAAGACACUACUGUUUACAUUUAAUGUGCCUGGAAUCGGCAACACUUAUCCAAAGGACAUGGAGUCCUUACUGCCAUUAAUGAACAUGGUUAUUUACAGCAUUGACAAGGCAAAGAAGUAUCGUCUCAACAGAGAGGGAAAACUGAAAGCUGAUAAAAAUCGUGCUCGUGUAGAGGAGAACUUCCUAAAGAUGACACAUGCACAACGUCAGGAAGCUGCGCAGAUUCGCAGGGAGGAGAAGAAACGAGCAGAGAAAGAAAGAAUUAUGAACGAAGAGGACCCGGAGAAACAGCGCAGGCUUGAGGAGGCUGCUCUCCGUCGUGAGCAGAAGAAGCAGGAGAAGCGACAGAUGAAGAUGAAACAGAUCAAAGUGAAAGCAAUGUAAAAGCACCAAAUAACCAGGGGUGGGGGAAGAGCGAGGAUGCUGCCUGGAGACAGCAGACCACAUCAAAUUUAAACGUUUGAUUUUAAUGAGAAGAAACUCAGGGCACUCAAAUAAUUGAUCUGCAAUUUAUACAACCUGUUCCACAGAUAUUGUUCUUGGACAAUCUGGAGUAGUGUGUUUUCCUCUCCUCUUGUUGUACUUCUUGCCCUCGAUUCAACAUGAAAAUCUCUUUGUGUUCUGUACAGUGCUGAGGUUAGGCUGUGGUUUGGGCAUUUGUACCACAUUAGCAAACAGUGGGAUGCAUCGGUGCUGUUGUGGAUCCCUGAUUUAAUCCUGUAGUUUUACAGACAUUAAAUUUCUCAUACUGUUAUCUCCCGUCUGUUCCGCAGUUCUGUUAAUGAAGAGCCCCAGAUGCUUCAUUGAAUUUGAAUGGUUAUUAAAGACUCUUUGCAACAAUGAACUACAGGAUCGAUGUGUAAGGUCUGUGAUGUCUUGGUUCUGUCCCAUGCAAUGUGCUGGUUAGACUGAGUAAUGGGAAGCCCUUUCAGGACAUGGCUCCACCUUAGUGAUUGAAGGAAUUCGCAUUCACUGGGUGGGUUAGUGGGGAGGGAUCUGAGUGAAAGCUCCUGCUGCUCCUCCACUGAAGAAGCAACAUUUGUCAGGGUUUCUGCACUGGAGUUUUUUCUGUUGCCCUUCUUUGUCUUCAUCGUCUUUUCAUAUCCUCAACUUUCCAGAAGUCACACUCAGGUUAGGACAAGAGAAGUGGAAGGGGCACAACAGACUGCAGAUGCUGGAAUCUAGAGUAGAGAAAAAACUACUGGAGGAACUCGGGUUGAGACCCUGCAUUAGGGCUGUGAGAGUGUGGAGGGUAUACAGCCCGUAUAAAGAGGUGACAGGAAGGGCUCAGGUGGAGGUUGGUAGGUGAUAGGUGAAUCCAGAUGAGGAGGGAGAUAAUGGGCAGGUAGAUUGGGCGGUGGAGGUAGAAGCAGAGGCUGGAAGGUGACGCUUAGAAACAGGAAGCUGCACAUGCUAAAAGGAGAUAAGGUGAUAUCACUGGGUUUACUUAACAUUCCAGAAUCAGGAGAGUCUUGUUUCUACUUAUCACCUUCCAGCCUCUAUCUCUAUCUCAACACCGCACCAUCCUCCUUCCCCACCCAGCUCCCUAUCUCCAUGAAAUCUGCCUUCACUUAAUUUCACCUGUUCCCUAACAGCCCCUGGCUUACCUGUUUUUCUGCCCCCACCCCCUCCACCCCAACCUCAUCCCACUCUUCCGCUCUCUUCCCCCUUCACUAUCUUCUCUCUACUCUCACAGCCCUGAUAAUCCCUUUGCCUUCAUAGAUCCUGCUCAACAUACUGAGUUUCUCCAAUACUUUUUUUUUGCACAAGAUUCAUGUGUUUUUGCUCAGCUUAAAACAUUAAACAGUUUAUCAGUUGGCCAGUUUAAUUAAAAAGAGUGGGCAUCUUUCCAGAAUAAAAUCAUGAUAAAUAAACCUUUUCAAAGUUGGGGGCUUGGUGGAGAAGAUAUUGGAAGGAGUGUUUAAAAAAAAAAUAAAUAAAUUGCCAUUCUGGCCAGUCACUGCCAUUUGAACCAUGCCUACCUGUAAAUCUGUGACCAGUGGCAAUUGUUCUCCUUUGUUCAUUGUAGUGUCUGGACAUCUCCAAGCCAAAAGCCUGUGGUUUGUAGAGUUUCCAAACAGUGAACGUUCUGCCAAGCACCCACACAUGUUAGCCUGUGCUCCUUAUCAAAGGCCACAGAGUUUAGGAUUGAGUUAUGUAAUAGGAACUGUAAAAUGUACAUAUAGUGUGGUCAUCAGCUUUAAGAUCUUGGAACCUGUCAUUUAGUUCACCCCAGGCAUCAACUUGAGUUGCCGAGAUAGCCUGCUGCAUCUAACCAACAAAGAUAUUUUAAAAAUGUUUGAUUCUGGACCCUGGAAAAGAACUGGAAAGCUAUCUUUUCAUCUGCUGACUGCAGAGGACACAGCAGCAACUAACUGAUUUUCAAAGGUUCUUCCCUUACUAAUAAAUCCAGUCGAUCCCUGGCUGUUCCUUAAGGAUUUGUGUGGUGUGGGGAAAGAAGCAAGAGGUAAAGUAUAGGGUCAUUCUCCUUUUGGCAUACUGUCAAUUUGCUGCUUUGUACACCUAGAGUCCUAGAACACUACAGCACAGAACCAGGCCCAUUUAGUCUGUCUAGUCCCUUCAACCCGCACCCAGACCGUAGCCCUCCAUACCUCUUCCACCCACCAGUAAUCCUGAUUAAUUUGGAACUCUAGUAUCAGUGGCUUAGGACCUUUCAUAUUCAAAAUUUACUAUGGGACCUAGUGACAGUGUACCUACUAGGAGUGUUUGUGUGAUCUUUGGAGGAUUACCUCUGGGUUUGGGAAAAGGCUUGCCAGGAUGUGUCACCUUAUGGAAGCAUAUUGAUUAGUCUGUUGUUCUUCAGUUUGUGUUAUUAAACUCAGUCCUACAUCUCAACGUCUCGUGGAGGCCAGAGUUUUAAAUGCACUGUUCAGAUAUUUGUCCCAAGACUGAUGAGGCUGAUGGUGAAUGAAUGUUUUAGCACCAAUCCUGUAAUAGAGCAGGCUAUGUUGUAGGCAUCCCAGAAUAGGACUCCAUAAGUUAAUCUCUGCAACAAUGUAUUUUAAUAGAAAAUUUUUAAUUUGCUCUUCAUUUGAGAUUUUAUUGUGUUGAACUUUCAAUGACAUCUAUAAAACUCUUGACUCUGAUUAAUUCUCUCCUAAACUAGAUUGCUUUAAAAAAAAUUAAUCCCAUGUUCCACCCUUUCAGUGUUCCAGGUUUCUAUUGUUUUUGCGAAUAGAUUUUUCCUCAUGUCGCUCCUCAAUGGUUCAACACCCCCUAGAGCCUGAAUUUUGCACAUGCUGCUCAUACAAUGGUUCCAGACUUUUAUAAAAUCAGUAAGAAACUGUUUAACUAAUUACUUAAAUACAUAUAAACCCUGUCUUCCAGACCUGCAUAACAUGGGCUUCAGAUGGUACGAUAUCAAUGCAUCAGCCUCUACAUUAGAGCAAUGAACCAGUUUAAUCUUGAACACCAUUGAUAUUUAUGCAAUGCAAACCAUGUGUACAAGGCGUUGUGGCUUAAAAAAAUGUUUGGUCAGUAAUUCUGGAUUAUGUAGUAUGCAGUGAAUACCAUGUCAAUGGGUUCAAUAUAAACUUUCUGUAAAGUGGUUAAACUUAACCAGUGUGUCAAUAGAACAGUAGGGCUCAACGGACAUCUAGUUAUGGGCUAGAAAAUAUCAGCAAACCUUACCUUCUGAUUCCCACUCUCUAAUAACCCCAGAAGGUUCAACUGGGACCUGCAGUGAAUGGUCAAUCUGAAACUCAAUCUGGGAUUUGGGCAUGCAAAAUUCCUGGGAGGAAUGUCAAAGGAGUUUGUAUCCCAGGAUCCUGUAGAUGUUAACAUGUUCAAGAAAGAGGCAGUUGAGUGUUUAUAUAUAGUACUCUGCUGCAUAUUGGAAUGGAGACUCUAAAUCUGAUUAUUCUGUUAACGUGACAAAGUAAAUUUCCACUUGUACAUCUGUUGAGAAAGGAAAUGUUCAUGUGUAGAUCUAGUCCUUGCGAUAUUCAGCUGCAGGGUAGAGCCUUGACUAAUCUGUUUUGGAGGAAAACUUAAGCCCUUUGCCACUUUGCAGUAAAAUCGCUUCUACUGAUAUUCUGUACAUUGUAUCUGCCAUUUUAAUUCAGUAAUGCAGUUACACAAGAUUGAAAGAGGGGGGUAUACGCAGAAUCUUUUUCUUCUUGAGUUUAUUUAAGUAAAUGGAUAACAUUGACUCUCAUAGUAUGUGUGUGGGAAGCAUGGACUUAAUAAAAGAAAACUUUUGUA